AUGAAGGGCUUCCUCAAGGCCCUGGCGGCAGCCGUACUCGUCACGGCCUCCGUGGCCCAAGAGUCGGCGCCGGCCUCGGCCUCAGCGUCCGGCGGGUCCGGAACACCUGCUCCGACCACUCUGGUUACGUCCCGCAUUCCCGAAGCUUCGGAGGCGCCGGCUGCCCGCCUGCCUGCCGUGGCUCCGAUCCGUGUCCGCCUCAACCCCGCGAACAUCCGGAACCUGGUCGACACCGACUACAUCGCCUGGACCAUCCCGGGUGCCGCCACUGCCAACCUCUCCGUCACCAACGUUACCGAUAACGACAUUUCCUUCACCCUCGCAGCCGGAGGCGGUGCUGAGCUGUCCGGUAACUACUAUAAGUAUCAGUACACGCGCUUCCUCUCGUCUCUCGGAGAGCGCGUCGUGAACGAAGGAAUCAGCACCUCUACCAAGGACGGAGCGGCGCUCACUCUGUCCAUCAAGGGUCUUCCGGUCGGGAAGCACAGCUUGCUGACCUGGCACAACGCCUGGGACGCGCUCAAGGAGGUCGCGACCCUCGCCAUCACGGUGGACGGGAAGAGCGCAAAGACCGGAGUCAAGCAAUCUGCCCGUAUCGACAACAUCUGGGAGGCCGCGCAGUCCUACCUGACCUUCGACGUGACGUCAGCCACUCAGGAGGUGAAGGUGGUCUACACGCCGACCGGAGGUGACCUGCGUGCUUUCAUCAACGGUUUUGAAAUCGACACCCCGGCGACUGAGAACCAGAUCAGCUUCCCGACGCCGAAGCACCGCGAUGAGCGUAUUGAGAUUGGCACCGAGAAGAGCACCAAGGCUUCGUGGCGUGCACCUGCUUCGGCUUCUGGCGUCAAGUACAACGUCUUCCUUGGAAAGUCACCCUCCAACUUGACCUCUGUCGCCCAAGGCUUGACCACGACCACCACUACCCUUACCAACCUCAAUGCUUUUGAUACUUUCUACUGGCGCGUGGAUGUCGUUUCAGGAAGCAUGACUUACACCGGCCGCGUCUUCAUGUUCCGUGUUGCACAAUUGGCCUUCCCUGGUGCUGAGGGAUGGGGUCGAUUCGCCCGUGGUGGUCGUGGCGGCAAGGUCAUCAAAGUGACCAGUCUGAAGGACACUACUGAUGAGGGCACGCUCCGGUAUGCUCUUACUGUUGCCAAGGGUCCUCGCAUCGUCGUUUUCGACGUCGCUGGUGUCAUCACCACAACUUCUCGCAUGUCCGUCAACGACCAGUACAUUACCGUUGCAGGUCAGACUGCCCCCGGCAAGGGUAUUGUCAUUCAAGGCUACCCUCUCGGUCUGACUGGUGCUUCCGACGUCGUCUUCCGUCAUCUCCGUGUUCGUCCCGGCAAGGUUUCAGGCGAGACCAUCGACGGUAUGGGCAUGCAGGGUUCCAAUCACUGCAUUUUCGACCGAUGCUCAAUGGGCUGGACCAUCGAUGAAGCCUUCAGCUCCCGUUCAGCAUGGAACAUCAGUCUCCAGCGCAGCAUGAUUUCCGAGCCUCUCAACGUUGCCGGCCACAAGAAUUACCCCGCCGGCACCGCUCACGGAUACGCCGCUACGAUCGGCGGUGACGUCGGCUCUUUCCACCACAACCUCCUCGCCCACGCCGAGGGCCGAAGCUGGAGUAUGGGUGGUGGUGUCGACGACAACGCUGCGUUCGCCGGACAGCUGGACAUUCGCAACAACGUUGUCUACAACUUUGGCGGCCGCGUCACCGAUGGGGGCGCCAAGAAGGUCAACUUCGUCGGCAACUACUACAAGCCGGGCCCCGCCAGCAAAUUGACCUACGCUCUCCAGGCCACCUACGAGGACAACCUGCCGGGUAUGCAGCAAUACCACUGCGCCGGUAACUCCAUGGUCGGCGUCUUCGACCAAGACUCCGUUCAGUACCCUCCCGGCGACGGCACCUCCAUCUCGAGCAAGAUCGCCUGUUACGCCAAGGUCUCCUUCUCCCCAGCACCGACCUACCAGCGCUUCUUCGACAAGUCCUUCUUCGAGUCCUACGUCGCCACCCAGACCUCCACCGAGGCCUACAAGCGCGUCGUCUCCGACUCGGGCGUCACGCAGCCCGUCCGCGACGACCACGACGUCCGCAUCAUCAACGAGACGCUCACCGGGACCGCCAAAUACGUCGGCUCCGUCUCCGGGAAGCAGGGCCUUAUCGACGACCCGAAGGACGCCGGCGGCCUCGAGAGCUUCCCCGAGGCCAAGCGCUCCGCGACCUGGGACGCCAACAACGACGGCAUCGCCGACUGGUGGGACGGCUCGACCGGCGGCGACGGAUACACGCCCAUCGAGGGAUACCUCAACUUCAUGGCCGACCCACACGCCUUCGUCUCCCCCUCCAAGUCGGUCACGAUCGACCUCGCCACGCUGGCUCUCGGCUUCAAGAGCCCCACGUUCACGACUACGGCUGCGGCUAAGGGCCAGGUGACCGUCAGCGGAAGCAAGGCGACGUACAAGGCUGGCACCGCGAAGGGUAUUGACUACUUCGACGUCACCGUCAAGGACAGCGAGGGCAGCACGUGGACCAGGAAGUUUGGUGUUGCCAUCUUCGAUGGUGCCGAGAUGGCGUAA